AUGCGAUCACAUUCAACCCAUGAUACAACCGAGCUAGCCCCUUUCCCGCCACCAGGACCGGCUCCACUAACUCAGGACUGUUCGCCUGUGCAUCAGACUCGCCAACCUGGUUUACCCAUAGAGCGUCCUCCAUCUACCUCAAACACCGUAGACCCCAUGACGCGCUCCACCUUGACAUACAACUUCAACACCAGCCACAACAACGAUACGACAUCUCGGCCAAACCCUGAAAUCUCCAAACCAAAGCCUCCUCCGCGCGCAAAGACUGCAGCCAGCCUGUUCAAGAAAGCCAAUCACAUGGAACUCAACCAGCUCAUCAAACUCGUUGCGCAAAAUGCUAAAUACUGUCGACUCACAAGUGAGAACGAGCUUGAGCUUAACUCUGCUUACAGGGAGUAUCAGCGGCAGCUUUAUCUAAUUGCAUACAAGAACAAGCUAGAAAUUGCACCGUGUUUAAAGUACGUUGGGUUAGGUUCAAAUCCCAAAGGCUUGACCAACUACAACACGUUCUGCAAGUACGAUCCGGUUGCUAGCAAGGCUUUCAACGACCAAAACAUGCAUCCCGACGAUCGCAAGCGUGAAUGCGGUAGACUUUGGAAGCUACUAGAUCCUGCUGCUCAGAAGAAGUGGAAAGAUCCCGACUAUGUGGAAUUGUUUUUGGAUGCGCCUGACCCCGCUAAUGACAUCAAUCAGAACGAAGAUGAAAACACCUCCACUUCCUUACUUAAGAAGCAAAAAUCACCGACCUUUGAUUCCGAUCGCUGGGCUCGAAAGGUUGUUACAGAUUUGAGAAAUCUCAGCCAAAGGUUUGGUACCAAAGGCUUUCUGGUUGUUGGAUCGCGAGGCAAAGAUGCCACUCUGAAGUUCAGCGGCGGCAGUCAUCUUGGCGAAUUUUUCCUGGAUAUGUACUCAACCGAAGAUGAUCCAGUUGUGAAUUUCAUCGAUUUCCUUAGAGGCCAGUCCGUUAUCAAGAAGAUAACAGGCAAAGAACCACCACCGGUUGUAACAAAGAAGAGGACCCGCGCACAGAGCAGGCCCAGGCAGCUCUUCACGAAAUACAACAAAGGAGAGAAGGAGGCCAACAUCGAAUUCAUCCAAGCAAAACUGAAUUCUGCCAUCGAAAAAGCGACGCACGGCCAAUGGGUCAAAGGCUGGCCUGGUACUCGUACUCAAUGGAGGCUUGCCAAACUCAAAGUUGGUUUGCAAGUGAAAGACAACGACAUUGGCGUUACCCCCCAGCACUUCUGUAAGCAACCGGGGGACAUGGGAGAUAAGCAUGCCCAAUUGGUUGUUGAAGCGUUGGAGCAAGAUUGGGUCCAGCUCAUUGGCCCACCUGCCCCUGAAGUGGGUCUCAAUAUUGAUGGCCAAGAUCUUGAGGUCAACACAGAGCCAACCAUAGUUUCUGUAGGUAAAUGCGAUGGAAUCUUGAAUCCACUGAAGUCUAAGAGGAAACAAAAAGCGCCCCCCAAGAAAAAACGCAAGCUUGGUCCUUCCAACACUUCUGACUUGGAUAACUCCGGCAAAGGCAGUGACGAGGAGGAUGAAGAUGAGCAAGAGGAAGCAAACAAAGGCUUUGAGGAUGAGGGCGAGGAGGGAAACAGCGGCAAUACAGAAUAA